ACUUAUCUCGAGGCCCGGGCGGAUUCACGCAGUGGCUAUGUGCGAUAAUCAUGGAGCAGCAUACUCCACGUAACAGCAAGCGCUGGUAGGCUAUGCGGAACUGCAAGUUGUGCUGGGAGGCAGGUAGUGGAUUUUAGAAGGUGAACUGUGACGAGCACUAUCAGCAGGCAUAUUCCAUCCGCUGUUCGUGGUAGAUCGUGAAACGUAGGGUCCAUGGCUCUAGGUCCGACAAGUCAGCCGCGCAGUAGCUGCUUCACCCUCCGCCUCUUGGGCAAGCAGAAAUCGAGCAAAAGCAAGCGACGAUCCACCGUGCACCCCGUGGGGGAGCUUCCCGCACAACCCGCGCCUGCAGCGGAGCAGCCACGAGGCGAUGGCCGGGAUGCCGCGGCUAGAGCUAGACAGGCGCAGGCCGCAGCGGUAGCCAGCCAUGCUAGCGCGGUCGCAGCAGUCGUUGUUCCGCGUAGCGAUCACGUGCAGAGUAGACGGCCGGAAUACGACGUUGCUGACGGCCGGCAAGUGCAGUACGCGCAGGACUUAGCAGCAGCGCCGUUGGAGCGAUCGCCAGAGCGCGCCGAGCACAGUCAUGUGGGAGCAGCUACAGCUGCUGCAGCGGCUGCGGCAGGAACCGCCGGACCGCAGGUAGAGGGUGGAAUCCGUCUUAAAUUGCAUCGCGUGGACGAAGAGCCGGCCAGCUUAGAAGCGCCCGAUGCCAUCUCUGCUGAGGCUUCCAAGCAGCUCGUCGUGCGAUCGGCGAGCGUCGAUCCCUGUGACGAUACGCGAUUCGCGCAAUCCUCGCGACGGCCGUCGCUCACUGGCGGGCGGAGCUACGAGAAGGCGCGGCGGGAGGGGCAGGAGCUGUACCGGCGGAAGGAGUACGGCGCGGCGGCGGAGUGCUACGGGGAGGCGAUGCUGGCGCUGCUGCGCGAGGCGGGGCGCGAUGACGCCACAAAGCGGUCUCUGCAGGCCGUGCUGCUCGCCAAUCGCGCCAUGUGCUUCCGCUACCUCGGCAGGAGCGAGGACGCGAUUCGCGACUGCCACGCGGCGCUGGCGUCCGACUUCUGCGCGGGGCAGACGCUGCUGCACAUCGAGGAGGUGCUCGAGGAAUGCGGCGACCUUCGCGGGGCGCUCGCGUGCCACGUGGCGUCCGUGCAGCGCGCGCUGGAGGAGCGGCCGAGCGGCGAGAUUCCCAAGGAGGAGGCGACGGAGGUGGAGCGCGUGCGACGGCAGCUGAUUGGCGAGCGAGAGCUGGUGAUCCAGUGGAAGAAGGUCCCCGCGAAGGGGAAGCCGCCGCUCGGCGCGCAGAUGUCGGCGGUGGAGUGGCGCGGGCAGGUGAUUCUUUUCGGCGGCACUGACCGCAGCCACAACCUGCUGCCCAACGACCUCCACAUCUUCGACACCUACAAGUCCGAGUGGCUCCUCGUGCACAUCCCCGGCCUGCGCCCCGCCGCGCGUGCCGGCCAUCGCGCCGUCGUUCACGGCGACUGCAUGUACGUCUGCGGCGGCGGCCACUCCACGGAAUUCGACAUGUGGCGCCUCGACCUGGUUACUAUGGAUUGGGAGCCCGUGCCGGCCGGCUCGACCGACGACGAUUCGGAGCAGCAGCGGUCUGACGCGCAUCCGGGGAGCGCGGCGGCCCAGGAGUUGGCGACGCGGGGCCAGUCGCCGCCGGGAUUGGUGCAGCACAGCGUGUGCGUGGUUGACGGCCGGCUGCUCGUGUGGGGCGGCUUCGUCGUCGGCCGGCCGCCGCUCGAACGGCACGCUAACCGGCAGCACCUGUACGAGUUCGACUUCGAGACGGGCGAAUGGCGGCGCGACACGUGGCAGGGGGAUUACCUCCCCAGGGCGUACCAGGACCGCGGCGUGGGCACGUGCGCCGGCGUGGCGAGUUGUCGCGAGGGCGGCAGGAGCGAGUCGGUGGAGAUCAUGUCGUUCUUCGGCAGCCGCAAGACGCUCGUGCCGCGAUCCGGGCUCAUCAUGGACGAGUCAAUCGCGUCCGUCGAUCGGCUGCUGCUGGGCGAGCGGCGAUGGCAGCCCGUGCCGCUGCUCGGGCCGCGCGUGCCCUCGGCGAGGUCCGAGUCGGCGUUCCUGUCGCUGCCGGACUACGCGGCGACGCUGUGCGUGGGCGGGUACUACGAAGGCGCGAUUCACCGCGACGGGUGCCGGUACUACGGCGACGCGUGGCUGUGGCACCACGACCUGGGCAUCUGGUCGCCGCUCGCCGCCAAGGGCGACGACUUCCGCCCCGGCGCUCACUUCUGGCUCGUGCAGCGCCAAGACGGCGCGGUCUUUGCGGGGGGCGGCUUCUGCGGCACGCCCAUAACCACCAUGUUCGGAACCGUCUACGAGGCCACCAUCGUCGCGCCCAAAGUGCGCCGUCCGCCCACUCCCCGCGCCCCUGCGCGCUCCCUUCCCCUCGCCCACCCCAUCGCGCCCGGCUCCCCUCUCCUAGCCCUCCCCGCGCCCCCCUCCGCCGCGCCCAUCCUUGCGCUCCCCUGGGGCUCUUCCCCUUCCCCUGGCCGCGGUUCCGCCUCCUCCACCCCGUCGCCCCCGCCUCACUGCUCCCCGCGUCCGCUCUCCGCGUGCUCCUCCUCCUCGUCUCUCCGCACGCCCGGCACGCCCCUCAUGCCCCUCGUGCGCUCCGCUUCCGCCGCCGCCUUCCGCCAAGGUGCGAGGGCGGGUUCGCACGGGGAGGGGGAGAUUCUGGGCGCGGCGGGGGGAAUGGUGGUGAUGAGCCGCUGCAACACGCUCCCCGCACAGUACUCUCCGCCAGGCGCGGGGAUGGCGGGGGGGAUGCUCGGUGAAAGUGGCGCCGGGGGAGGCGGGGCAGGCUUUAGCGCGUGGGAGGAGCGACAAUUGGCGCUUGGUUCCGCUGACGUCAGCACGGAGCAUUACGAUGCGAACGUGCGGUUUAAAGCGAAGGAGGAGGCGCCGUACGAGCCGCCCUUGGGACCAAUCAACGUGAAGAUCCUUAAGCUUGAGUUCGAGCGACGGCGCGAGAACCGGCUGAAGACGAGCGCUGAGAUGGCGGCGGCGGGCGCAAUGGCGGCGAUGCGGCGGGUGCGCGCGCAGCAGGGGGAGCAGAUGGGCGCAGGGGUCGCGCAGUCGCUGCUGCUGCACGUGCGGAUGAGGCAAAUCGACCCGCCCAUCUGGAGGCGCGUGGAGGUGUCGGGCCACAUGACUCUACGCCAGUUCCACAAGCACGUCAUCCGACUCGUCAUGGGCUGGGCCAGGGACCAUCACGCCUACAAGUUCCAAACCUCAUCAGGCCCGUGCCCCGGGGUCUGGUUCGGCCCGACCCUGUCUGCCGCACCUGACUUCGCCCUGGCCCGCAUGCUGGGGCAGGGAUUAGCGGACGACAGCUGUGUGAUGCUGGGGGAGGUGCUGGCCAAGGAGGGCGACCGCCUGUCGUACGUGUACGACUUGACAGAUCGCUGGGAGCACGAGAUAGUGCUGCUGCACGCCACACACGGCCCGCCGCACCGACCCCUCCGCGCAGAGGUGGUGGACGGGUGGGGCGCAUGUCCCCCCGAGGACGUGGGCGGCAUGGGGGAGUAUCUGAGGGUGCUGGAGACGGUGCGCAGCAGCCAUGGCAGCAAGCGGGAGAGUGCGUGCCGACGCGUGCUCAGGGCUGCUAACAAGAGCCACCUGGACUCGUUUGACCCCACGAAUUUCCCUCUAAACGCCUGCAGGACAGCGCUACAGAAGAACCUAUCAGCAGCAGCACUCGCCCCCCCAUUGAACCACCUCGACCCCAUCCCCAUACCCACCCACCCUGCGCCCUCCCUCACCUCCUCCCCCCUUGCUUCCCUCAAGCGCUCCAAAUCCUUCUCCCUCGCCCCGCGCACUGCUACCAGCAGCCCGCACCAAGGGCAUGCGCCACAUCAGCAGCACAGCCGCCACCAGGGCGCCAGGUCACCGCUCCGCAGCAGCCACGGCAGCCCCCACCGCAGCAACCUGGGCAGCCCUCGGCCAAUCACAAGCAGCUCCAGCUUCGGGAGCAGCGUGAGCAGCAGCAGCAGGGCAGGAUCGAGAACGGGAGGAGGGGGAGGAGGGGGAGGACGAGGAGUGGCAAUACUGACCCAGGCAGUGCCGCCCCUGGAUCUACCUCCCCCGGACAUGAACGCUCGCAGGGCAUGCCAGGCGUGUGGGUCGAGCAAGGCGGCGGUGGCGUGUGAGCGGUGCCAGCGGGCCUUCUACUGCUGCGUGGAGCACCAACACAUGGACUGGAAGCUCGGCCACAGGCUCGUGUGCGUGGCUGUGGAGGAGGUGCGGUGAGGUGCGGUGAGGUGCGGUGAGGUGCUGUGAGGUGCUGUGAUGAAUAAACAGUUCCAUCAUCGCCUGUGGUGUGUGCCUGUGGCAUGGGAUCCUGGCGCGGUGUAGCCUUGGAACAUAAGCUUGCAUAAGGGAUAUGACAAUGAGGGAAUGGGAGGUAUCACAUUGCAUAGGGAUUUGGGAAGGAGACGCAUGCUCUCUUGGGGCUUGGUAGUCUGUAGUGAAGAAUGAAGUGGUGGGGGAUAGGAAUGUGGGAUCUGGAUGACCAGGUGCUAAGGCAUUCACCGGAACGUGAAGUUCGGGUGGCUGCUUGGCAUGGUGAUGCACGGCAUGUUUCUGAUCCCCUUCAUUGAGGUAGCAAUAUAGCAAGGUUGCAUGGGUAAACUUUACCAUAUAGAGGCAAAUGGCUUUCAUGGGUUUGUGGAGUUAGGUUGGGGAGAAUUAGAGAUGCAGAUGCAUCUCAGCUUCCUGUACUCGUGGAAAUGAAAUAAACUCUGCUCCAUUUACUUUCAGAUUAAUGGAUAAUGGUGUGCUCGAUGUGGUGGAAGUGGUAAAGCAUGAUGGAAAACCAAAUGUAUGA